UGGUAGAUAAUGAGCCCUGCCUCCCCUUCUCUAAACACACCCCCUCCCAGAAGACAAAAAAAAACGGUUUGGGACUACUUGUGAAAGCUUCUGCCUCUUCCAUGACAUGUUGAACUUUAGACACAACUGAGCAUCGAGGUGUGUGUGUGUGACCUGGUGCCAAAGCCCGAUGUUGACAAAAAGCUUGACCACGACCGGACUUUGCCAUGUUUUCUUUUAGUUUAAAAGCCUCAUGGCUUUGAGUCCCUCAGAGUCACGUCCUGCAAUUGUCUCUGGAGUGCAGUUGGUCAGCGGGAGAACGUAGGAGCGUUUGAGUGAAACAUCAGCAACCAGUUGAGCAGAGGGCAAAAGGCGACUGGUUGUCUACCGGUGUGGACGAUGUGUGCUGCAGCUUUGGAGGAGUACUGUGGCUCCGUAUUCUGGAAUGCUUCAUAUGUGCAAAGAGAAGACCCAGACCUACCAGUAUGUAUCCAGCAGACAGUGCUGAUCUGGAUCCCUCUGGGGUUCCUGUGGCUCGGCGCCCCAUGGCUACUGGGGUCUCUCUGCACAGGGAAACGAUUUAACAGAAAACACCUGUCCAAGCUCUACCUCUGCAAACAGCUAGUGGUGUCUCUGCUGUUGGUGACGGCCAUAGCGGCCCUGGCAGUAACAUUGGGGGAGGAUUAUGGCCCAAACAAAGAUUCUUCGUCGACAGUGAAAAAUGCUGGUGUAUUCUACGUAAACCCCGUCCUGUAUGCUGUCACAUGGAUCCUUCUGCUGCUGUGCCAGGAAGGAGUGAGGCGAAUGAAGGAAGCAGUUGACUCCACCAUUCUCUUCCUCUUCUGGUUACUCCUUGUUGUGUGCAACAUCGUUCCUUUCCAGUCUCUCAUACGGGAGGCAUUCAAGCAGGGAGAGAUCAGUGAUGUCCCUCAUUUUUGCAUUUUCUACAUUUCCUUUGGACUGGAAGUGAUUGCACUUGUUCUCUCUGCUGUGGCUGAUAUCGCCCCAGAAGCUGAGGAGUUGGUAAAGAAGAAUCCUGAGGCAGGUGCAGCAUUUCUGAGCAGAAUCACAUUCAACUGGAUUAACAGUAUGGUGAUCAAAGGCUACAAGCAGCCCCUGGUUCAGGAGGACAUGUGGGAGCUGAACAAGGCAGACAGGACUGCUUCCAUCGACCAGGUCUUUCAGUCCUUCAUGCAGUCGGAUUUGGCCGCAGCUCGGGUCCGCCUCCAAACCGAGCUGAGGAAGAAAAGGGAAAAAAAGAGAGCCCAGGAAGACACCUUGGAAAAUGGCCUCUGCAACGGUCUGAGGGAAGGCGUCAGUCAGGAUGUGUUGAUGAUGGAGAAAAAGGGAAGGAAAGAAGGUAAAAAGAAGACAAAGGAGGAGAAAGAAGACUAUCCCAAUUCAUGGCUGUUUUCCACCAUUUACAAGACCUUGAAAAAGGACUUCACCAAAUCGGCCCUACUCAAAGUGCUGCAGGACAUUUUGAUUUUUGUCAGUCCUCAAAUUCUGAAACUGAUGAUCUCCUUCACUCAAGACAAAUCUAGACCUGACUGGGAAGGGUAUAUGUAUGCAGUUCUACUACUAUUGGUUGCCAUUCUGCAGUCUCUGCUUCUGCAGCAGUACUUCCAUCUCUGCUUUGUGCUGGGGGUACAGGUUCGCACUGCCAUCAUGACUGCUGUGUACAAAAAGGCAUUGGUGAUGUCUAAUGACAAUCGCAAAGAGUCAUCGGUUGGGGAAACAGUAAACCUGAUGUCAGCAGAUGCCCAGCGCUUCAACGAUCUGACCAGCUUCAUCCACCUGCUUUGGUCCUGCCCUCUGCAAAUCAUCUUGUCCAUUGCUUUCUUGUGGAUGGAGUUAGGACCUUCCGCGUUGGCAGGACUAGCGGCCAUGGUUAUAUUGGUGCCGCUCAACGCACUGCUAGCCACCAAGGCCAGAUCUCUCGGGAUAGAGAACAUGAAGUUUAAAGAUCAGAGACUGAAAAUCAUGAAUGAAAUACUCAAUGGGAUCAAGAUUUUGAAGCUGUAUGCAUGGGAGCCGUCAUUCCAGACACAGAUUGGCAGCGUCAGGGACAAAGAACUGGAACUCAUGAAGAAGUCGGCCUACUUGACAUGUGUCUCUUACCUCCUCUUCACAUUUGCUCCAGUUCUGGUUUCCAUAGUCUCAUUUGCGGUGUUCGUAGGGGUGAGCUCAGAAAACAUUUUGACGCCCGAGAUAGCUUUCACCUCCAUCUCGAUUUUCAACCUCAUCCGAUUUCCCCUUUCCAUGCUGCCCAUACUCGUCGCUCUCCUUGUCCAAACGGUUGUGUCGAAGGAUCGUCUGGAGAAGUUUCUGGGCAGUGAAGAACUUGAAAGUGACAGUGUGCAGCAUGACCCCAGCUUCGACUCGGCUGUCAGCGUGUGUGAUGGCUCCUUUGCUUGGGAUAGGAAUGCUGAGCCUCUGCUAAAAAAUGUGUCCUUAGAUAUUAAGCCGGGUCGGUUGGUGGCAGUAGUCGGAGCUGUGGGCUCAGGAAAAUCUUCUCUCAUGUCAGCCCUCUUGGGAGAGAUGCACAGGACCAAGGGCUUCAUCAACAUUCAGGGUUCCCUUGCAUUUGUGCCACAGCAAGCCUGGAUCCAAAAUGCCACUCUGAGGGAUAACAUCCUGUUUGGCUCUCCCCAUGAGGAUAAGAAGUUGCAGGAGGUGAUAGAGGCUUGUGCCCUGAUCCCUGACCUGGAGCUGCUCCCUGGUGGAGACCUUACUGAGAUUGGAGAGAAGGGUGUCAAUCUCUCAGGGGGUCAGAAGCAGCGUAUUAGUUUGGCUAGAGCAGCUUAUAACCAGGCUGAUAUUUAUCUACUGGACGACCCCUUGUCUGCAGUGGACUCUCAUGUGGGAAAACAUCUCUUUGAUAAAGUAAUUGGACCCAAAGGACUACUCAAAGAUAAGACUCGUAUCCUGGUGACCCAUGGACUGAGCUUCCUGCCUUACGCAGAUGAAAUAGUGGUCUUGCUGGAUGGUGAGGUGUCUGAGGUCGGAUCCUACCAGAGCCUCCGUGCAAGCAGAGGAGCUUUUUCUGAGUUCCUAGACACGUACGCUGGAGAACAAAGAAAAUCAACCCUUUCAGAUUCAGACAGUUGCGAAGACACUGCAGACGUAUAUCUCGUCUCUGAAAGCGAGGAUGCUCAUGCUGACUCGGCUCUGGAGGACGUGGUUUCUGUUGUCCUGAAGAGAGAAAAUAGCAUCCGACGCAGUCUGAGCCGUGGCAGUGUAAGACUUAGAAGAAAGAGCAGUUGUGUAAAAAAACCAGAGGCUGUUGAUCAAACAAAGGAUGGCCAGCGAUUAAUAGAGAAGGAAACUAUGGAAACAGGACGGGUGAAGUUCUCAGUGUACCUUAAGUACCUGCGAGCCAUGGGCUGGUCAUACUUUGUCCUGGCCUCUAUGUCUCUUAUCAGCUCUACUGCUGCUUCAGUCGGUCAGAGCGUGUGGCUGAGUGAUUGGACCAAUGACGCAGUGGUUUACUACAACAUGACAUAUCCGCCCGGGAAGGUUAACACCAGGGUAGCAGUGUACGGAGUUCUAGGACUGUCUCAGGGCAUCUUUGUGUUCAUUGCUUCGCUGCUCCUGGCCAAAGGUGCAGUCGCUGCAUCCACUAGCCUGCACUCAAGGCUACUUCACAGCAUUCUACGAGCUCCCAUGUUAUUCUUUGACACAACACCAAUUGGAAGAGUGGUCAACCGCUUUGCAAAGGACAUUUACACAAUAGAUGAAGCCAUUCCACAAUCCUUUCGCAGCUGGCUCGUGUGUCUUCUAAGCGUACUGGGGAUACUGUUUGUCAUCAGUUUUGCCACUCCUGUCUUUGUCAUCGUCAUCAUUCCCCUGGCCGUGCUCUACUACUUUGUACAGGUCUUUUACAUCGGCAUGUCACGACAGCUGCGUCGGCUAGACUCUGUGACUCGCUCUCCUAUCUUCUCUCACUUUGGUGAAACAGUGUCGGGUCUGUCCGUGAUAAGAGCCUACGGCCACCAAGAAAGAUUUCUCAAACAUAACGAAAUAGUAAUGGACGAAAACCUCAAGAGCAUCUACCCGUGGAUAGUGUCAAACAGGUGGCUGGCCAUCCGUCUGGAGUUCCUGGGAAACUUGGUGGUGUUUUUCGCAGCCCUGUUUGCUGUUAUAGCCCGAGAAACAAUGGACAGCGGCCUGGUUGGCCUGUCAAUAUCCAAUGCCCUUAGUAUAACACAGGUCCUCAACUGGCUGGUGAGAAUGAACUCAGAGCUGGAGACCAAUGUCGUUGCUGUGGAGAGGGUGGACGAAUACACCGGCAUAGAAAAGGAGGCCGAAUGGAUAAAUGACAAUCGACCUCCAGACAAGUGGCCUGAGGAAGGAAGACUAGAAUUUGAAGACUACAAGGUCCGGUACAGACCUGGAUUAGACCUGGUCCUGCAUGGAAUCACCUGUAACAUCAAGAGCACUGAGAAGAUUGGUAUAGUGGGCCGCACAGGAGCUGGAAAAUCAAGCCUGACAAACUGCCUGUUCAGAAUUAUUGAAUCUGCUGCAGGUCGCAUCCUCAUCGACGGUAUAGAUAUCUCCACUAUAGGCCUGCAUGACCUGAGAAGGAGACUCACGAUCAUACCGCAGGAUCCAGUGUUGUUCUCUGGGACCUUGAGGAUGAACUUGGAUCCAUUUGACACAUUCAGCGAUGAGGAUAUCUGGAGAGCACUGGAGCUCUCCCAUCUGACGGACUUUGUAGCAGGGCUGCAGGAAAAAUUACAAUAUGCGGUGACAGAAGGAGGAGAGAACCUCAGUGUUGGGCAGAGGCAGCUGCUGUGUCUGGCCCGAGCACUGCUGAGAAAGUCUCGUAUCUUAUUCCUGGAUGAGGCCACAGCCGCUGUUGACCUGGAGACGGACAGUCUGAUUCAGAAUACCAUCCGCAAGGAGUUUUCACACUGCACCGUCCUCACCAUUGCCCACCGGCUGCAUAGCAUCUUGGACUGUUCCAGGGUAAUGGUGCUGGAUGCUGGAAAAAUAGUGGAGUUUGAUUCUCCGAGCAACCUGUUCGAAAAACGAGGUCAAUUCUACGCCAUGGCAAAGGAUGCUGGGAUAACAGGAGAAGAAAUCACAGCUCUCUAAUUGUACACUUUUUUUUUGUUCGUUUUUUAGGAUCAUUAAAUAAAUAAAUUGCUUUUGUUGUUAGGUUUAAACCUCGGUUUUGCUUUGAUUUAUCGAAAUGUGUAAUUUCCUAUUUAUAUAAAGCAAUAUAUAGAAAUAAUUUGUAAAACAAAAAUCUAAUAUGUGACGAAUAAAUAUCUUUUGCCAAUUUGUA